AUGGACGAAUCAGGUCCGCAUCUAGUAGGACUAGUGAAUGACGCUUAUUCAGAUGCAGUGGACAUGCUGCCAGCUCCCCUCUGCCACCACAUAUUCCGCCGCCUUCUGCUGCCACCAUCCCAGCCGGACGACCCUGCUACCACCUCGGAGGAUCGCGACUUGCAGAUGCAGCCCACAACUGGAGUGCAGCAGAGUGGUGCGAAUCUACGGGUGCUUCUUGAUCCUGACGGCACGCCCAGCGCGCGGCACAGGAGGGAUACGAACAAGUACCAGGCUUCCUGCCAUGCUGCGCUCACGCCAGCAAGAGCCUCCUCCAGCACGCCCUCUCCUCCUCCGUCAGUCACAUCCUCUCAUUGUCCCAACGGAAUCUCGGAUGGUUAUAAUCCGCCUGGUGUUGUGUCACUGCAGGAGAGUCAACCGAUCUCCCUCCUCUACAGCCAUCAGCACCCGCAACACUGGAUCGACAGCCUCCGCUUCUUUCUCCACCAUGGCGGGCUCCACUCCCUUGACCUCCGCUUCACCAAGCCAGAGCACCUGCGCACCCAGCGCGCCGUUUCCCCCGUAGCCCUACUCGCCACACUCCCCCACCCCACUUAUGGGGCAGCAGCAGCAGCAGCAGCAGGGGGGGCAACCACAGCAGCAGGGGGAGCAGCAAUGGGAACACCGGUGGGCGCGUUUCCAGGUCUGGCGCAGCCCAUGGGGACGCGAGUACUCUUUUCCCGCUCGCCCACGCUCCUCCACUUCACCAUCCCUCCGCAGCACUUCUCCCUCAAAUCGUUUCAGGAAAUUGCCAUCGCCCUGUUCUGGACGGCCUUUGUCGCCUUCUGGACAGCCACAGCAGCAUUGUCUGGAGCUCCGGUCUUCUUCAUCCUCUUCUCCAUUCCCUUCUGGGCAGUGGGCAUUGGCCUGCCUGCCCACUUGCUACUGUGGCACAUCAUGGAUGAAACAGUGACUGUGGACCCCGCCACGUGUCAGCUCACGAUUCAUCGAGCGGUGAAAGGGCAGACUCUGCCGUUAUUUGACCUGUCCACGGCUCGUACAGCUCUCAUCUACGGCGCAGGAGUCAACUACACCAUGCAGAGAUUCCCCAUGCCUUCCACCCAACGCCCCGCCUGCAGCACUAUCAGCACGACUCAUGGGAGUACGGACAAUACCACUACCACCACCACUCACCAAUCACCCCCAUGCCUUCUACCCAACUCCCCACCUGCAGCACUAUCAGCACGACUCAUGGGAGUACGGACAAUACCACUACCACCACCACUCACCAAUCACCCCCAUGCCUUCCACCCAACUCCCCACCUGCAGCACCAUCAGCACGACUCGUGGGAGUACGGCCAGUACCACUACCACCACCACCACUCUCAACCAACCACGUUCUGCCAGCUCACCAUGGCGGGCGGCGAGACGCUCUCCUUCGGCUCUCGCUUGUCGCUAGCAGAGCAGCGCUUGCUCUCCCUGCACAUCGCAUCCUUCCUGCACGUGCCCUGGUUUCAGCCUCCCUUUCUGCAAUCCUUUUGA